AAGAAAGAAAAGAAAGAAAAAAAGAAAAAAAAAGAGGAGGAGGAGAAGAAGAAAGUCGGGAAGUUGAAGAAGAAGAAAAGAAGAAAAGAAGAAGAAGAAGAAGAAAGUCGAAAGGGGCUAAGAGAGGGCGGCGGUGGGGCGUGGCCAGUUAAAGCCAGUUAA